CUUGCAUAGCAGCUGGGAGCAUUUUACCACGUGAUGCGAGCGAUGUUAGGAAGAGAAGCCAUCAUCAUUUUCACCUAAUUCAUGUCCAGCCUGCAUUGGUAGAAGCUGUCGCGACGAGGAAUCAGAAAAGUACGAUGGCGUGGAGUCUCUGAAGUGUUUUAGCCGGUGUCGUCCCUCCACUGUGCUGUUCGGAACCGCCUCUCAAAGAGGCUUCAUUCACCACCCAGUUUGACCUUGGCUGUGUACAUCUGGUGGCAGAGGAGUACCAACCUGUUUCUUGGGUUGAAUGAGCACAGUGGAGGAGAGGGUCUGAGGCUGAUUUCUCCCCCCAUUAGUCUUUGAGGAGGGGGGAGAAGGAAGAGGAAGAGGGAGCCACUAUAACGACCCUGAGCAUGGGGCAAAAAGUCCCAGGUGGCAUCAAAACCAUUGAUAUGCGGGAUCCGGCCUUCAGUCCCCUGAAGCUGGAGCUACAGGCCCUGAGUCACACCAAGCCGUCUCGAUUGGAUCUACUGCUGGACAUGCCACCUGCCAGCGUGGACAUCCAGGUCCAGCACUCAUGGAACAACGAUGACCGCUCCCUUAACAUCUUCGUCAAGGAUGACAACAAGCUGGUGUUUCACAGGCACCCAGUGGCGCAGAGCACAGAUGCCAUCCGGGGCCGUAUUGGCUACACGAGGGGUUUGCAUGUGUGGGAGAUAAGCUGGGCCAUGCGCCAGCGCGGCACACAUGCUGUGGUAGGAGUAGCGACAAGUGACGCUCCACUACACUCAGUGGGCUACACAGCUUUGGUAGGAAGCAAUGCUGAGUCUUGGGGCUGGGACCUAUGCAGGAGUAAACUCUACCACGAUGGCAAGAACCACCCAGGAAAAUCCUACCCAGCCUUCCUCGAGCCAGACGACACCUUCAUCAUCCCAGACUCCCUCUUAGUAGUCUUGGACAUGGACGAGGGAACUCUAGGUUACAUAGUUGAUGGGCAUUAUCUAGGGGUGGCUUUCAGAGGACUUAAGGGCAGGAAGCUGUACCCGGUGGUGAGUGCCGUGUGGGGACACUGUGAAAUACGAAUCCGGUACAUAAAUGGUCUUGAUCCUGAACCUCUCUCGCUGAUGGACCUGUGUAGGCGUUCAGUGAGAGUGGCUUUAGGACGAGACCGUCUGAAUGAAAUCCAUAGACUGCCCCUGCCGGCCUCUCUCAAGAACUACCUGCUCUACCAAUGACGUUGAUGAAAGUCACAGCACACACACCGCACACGCCCUCUUUCUCAAGCUUCUCUGGGAUUCUUCUUGGGUUGAACCCGUUUGACAGCAUUGCGCAAACUUCCAGGACUGACUCAACAAGUAUGCUUCUGUGUCGGUGACUCGACUCAUUUCUGAGUUUCUUACCUGGUUUUUAAUGACUCUUUGUAACUGUAUUAUCUAACUUUAUAAGAUCAGGAAUCACUGAGCACUAUGCACAUGCAGAUCCAGACCAUGCCAUGACAGUCACCAUGUUGGUGUACCUCUUCCAGUUUGAAAGUUGAUGUGGCAUAAGUAGUCAGUACCUCUGCUGCGACCUCUGGGGCUUUAUGAUUAUUAAUUUCUAUCUUGUAGCCUUUUAAAUUCAAAUGCUAUAGUGCAGUGACACAUAUGUGAUGUCAACUGAACUUUGUGCAGAGGUGCACUGUCAGUAUCUGACCACAUGUUGGCACCACAUACUCAUGAAAACACUUUUAGAAUUGUAACGUGAAAUCCUAAUUGAUUUUAGAAAAUGUGGUUUUAAAAUGGAUAAUAAAAUUUUAAAAAAUGCUGAGGCAUAAUCUCUGACCACUCCGUCUGCAAUAUGGAUGGAUAUGCCUCAAUGCUUACCAUCAAGCGUCAUACAGAAACAAAAACAGAAGAAAUUGUAACAGAAGAAUUUUGUCACUGUGAUUAUUUGUAGCAAACAUCUGCAGGAUUUUUUUCUCUGUACGAUCAGUGUCUUUUUUUUUAAUCUUUUCUGUUACUCCUGCUUUUUGUAGUAAAAUAAUUUUGAGUACAUGUUGUCAAGGCCCAGAGUGCUGUUCUUAUUCAUUCAAUUGUGUCAUCAGAUGGAUGGGUUUCUUUUUUUUUUUUAUACUGGGUUGCACGUUAAGCCAGAGAAUAGAAAUCACCUCGUGAAACUGCUUCUGUUGUGCAACUGUUGGGAGAGAUGACGACCUGCUACUCUUGGGCCUCACUAUUGCAUCGCUGAAAGCCAUUGAUGGUAGUGUUAGUGUUUUUAGAGGGGGUUGGGGUGAAACGGACUGGAUGAACAGCUUUGUAUCUGAAUCGGCAAACUCGUUAGAAUUAAGACAUUUCAACAGAAAAGACAAUCCACAAACUGCUGCACAAAUGUGAAGGCCAACAUAUCAAAUGCCAUAUCAUAGACCUUUCGACAUUUUAGUAUUUUUAAAUGUGCAGAUGUACACAAUCGGCACUCAGCUGUAUGUGGACAGAUUGUACCACACAAUACUUUUCCUUGCUUGCAGAUCCCUGUUAAUUUGUAUUCCUUGUAGAUUUGUUUGUAAGUAUCUAUUAAAGAUGAUUUCUAAUUGUA